AUGGAGGACGAGAAGAUCCGCGAGUACGGAUACGGUGGUCCUGAGGUGGUCAACUACGACGAUGAAGCUCCCCCGCUCAAAGGUGAGCUGGAGCUCAAUGUCGGUGGCCGUGGUGCUACCCAACGGCGGCUGAAGAACUACCAGGUCAGCAUGAUCGGGUUCUGUGGUGGAAUUGGAACCGGUCUCUUCGUGGGAGCAGGCUCUGCAUAUGCAGAAGCAGGUCCCGCUGGUUUGCUGCUGGCCUACAUUGUUAUUGGAUUCGUGCUGUGGUGUGUCAUGCAGAGUAUUGCGGAACUGGCUACCUUGCUGCCCACAGCGGGAUCAUUCCCUCACUGGGCCACUCGCUUCAUCGAUCCGGCCGUCGGCUUUUCCCUCGCUAUCACAUACGGUUACUGUUAUACAAUUGCGAUUGCUUCAGAGGUGUCCGCUUCUGCGGUCAUUGUUGGCUAUUGGACAGACUUGACACCGGCGGUGGUUAUUACGGUCGGGCUGGUGCUGAUCUUGGCUAUCAACCUGAUGAGCGUACGCUUUUAUGGUGAAAGUGAGGUCAUCGCAGGCGCUAUUAAGGUGUUGUGCUUUGUCGGAUUGGUCAUUGUCGCUAUCGUCAUCACCUCAGGUGGCGGUCCCAAUCACCAAACCAUCGGAUUCCGCUACUGGCACAAUCCCGGAGCCUGGACGAACUACAAUGGCAUCACUGGCCCGACUGGACACUUCCUUGGAUUUUUGUCUGCCUUCGUCAAUGCGUCCUUCAGUUUCGUUGGUGUCGAAACAGUCGUCAUCACUGCCGCCGAAUCGGUCGACCCGCACUACUCCAUCCCCAAAGCUGCCCGUCGCGUGACAUACCGAAUUGCGUUCUUCUACAUUCUCGGUGCACUGCUCAUUGGAAUCAUUGUCAGCCCUACAAACCCAGAUCUUGUUUCUGGUUCCGACAACGCCAACAGCUCCCCUUGGGUCAUUGCUAUCAAGCAGGCCGGAAUUAGCGCCUUACCGUCUGUGGUCAACGCUUGUAUCCUUAUAUCGGCCUGGUCUGCAGGCAAUUCGUAUUGCUGGGUGGGAUCGCGCAUGAUUGUGGCCAUGACGACCGACCGUCAGUUACCACAGGUGUUUGGCCGGGUUAACAAGAUGGGCGUGCCGUACGUUGCCGUCAUCACCUCCUGGCUUUUUGGGCCGUUGGCAUAUCUGAGUCUUGGAUCCGGUGGUCCGGCACAGGCUUUCAGCUGGCUUCUUAAUCUGAGCACCAUUGCUGGACUGAUCGCGUGGGCGACGCUGUCCUUCUGCUACAUUCGCUUCUAUUCGGCCAUGAAAGCGCAGGGCGUCAGCCGGGACACUUUGCCCUGGCAGUCGCCUUUCCAGCCAUACACGGCGUGGGUGGGUUUCAUUGGCUCAACUAUCAUCACCCUGGUGGCGGGUUUCCCUGUGUUCCUCAAGGGUAACUGGUCCACUUCGGACUUCUUUGCCUCAUAUGUGGGCAUUCCUAUCUUCAUUGUGCCGAUUAUCCUCUGGAAGGUGUUCAAGCGCACGAAGUUUGUUCGCAGCUCCAAUAUCGACCUCUGGUCCGGUCGGCUGCAGGAGGGCGAGAUUGUUAUCCGAGAGGGCGGGCCCAAGACCCGUGUGAGACGCUUCGUGGACUGGUUCUUCUAA